UAUCAUUUGCUGGUUGGUUGGGAAGGCAGAGAUCGAUGGGAACAUGUUGUGUCCUAACCACGUCUUUAUGGCCAAAACCAAAAAAUCCCACGUGCAUUGGGAACCUCAAAUUGAAUCUGCCCACUUCAUUAUUCACACCUCUCUCUCUUCCACACAGAAAGUCCUGCAGUAUCCGCUUGUACUCAUCCUCCUCUACCUCCAUGGAUGCAAGCUUGAGCAAUGAAGUAGCCAAAGACUUCUCUCCCUUCCUCAAAAUAUACAAAGAUGGUAGAGUGGAGAGACUUUCAGGCACUGAUAUUGUUCCCACCUCGCUCGAUCCACAAACCGGUGUUGAAUCCAAAGACGCCGUGAUCUCACCUGACACCGGGGUAUCAGCCAGGCUCUACAUCCCCAAAACCAAAAUCACCACAAACCCAACAAAGCUUCCUCUCCUUGUGUACUUUCAUGGAGGUGGCUUUUGCAUGGGGUCACCUUUUUGUGCCUAUUACCAUAGCUAUGUGACAUCUUUAGUUGCUGAGACAAAUGUUGUUGCUGUGUCUGUUGAUUAUAGGAAGGCCCCAGAGAACCCUCUGCCUCUAGGGUUUGAUGAUUCAUGGGCUGCUCUCAAUUGGGUUCAAUCUCAUUUUGAAGGGCAAGGCCCUGAAGAGUGGCUCAAUUCAUAUGCUGAUUUUGAAAGUGUGUUUUUUGCUGGUGACAGUGCUGGGGCAAACAUAGCUCAUCACAUGGCCUUGAGAUUGGGGCAUGAAGGUUUGGUUGGUGUGAAGCUUAAAGGGAUAGCUUUGGUGCAUCCAUAUUUUUGGGGGUCAGAACCAAUUGAAGGGGAGACUCAUGUGGUUGAGAAUAGAGCAAGGGCAGAGGGUAUAUGGAGAUUUGCUUGUCCAAGUAGUAGUGGAGCCGAUGACCCGCUUAUAAACCCAGGUAAGGAUCCGAAACUGGCAAAAUUGGGGGCUGAUAGGGUCUUGGUUUGUGUGGCUGAGCAGGAUGUGCUGAGGCAAAGAGGGUGGUAUUAUAGUGAGUUGUUGAAGAAAAGUGAGUGGGGUGGGGCUGUGGAGGUUGUGGAGACAAAAGAAGAGGAUCAUGUGUUCCAUUUGAACAACCCAACUGGAGAGAAUGCUGUAGCUUUGCUCAAGAAGGUUGCUUCCUUCAUCAAUCAGGAUAUAUGAAUUCCUGAAAUUGGGUUCUCUGUUUCUAAAUUGAUGGUUGUCUAAAUAAGUCUUUAGUUCUGUUACAAAGCAAGCAUUCAACUUGAACUUGCUGUAUUUAUCAAUUCAUGCCCUGUAAUUCAGAGUGAUCACACCUAAUGGUUAUAUUGGAUCCCAAUCUUGAUUCAUUGGGAAUUUGGUACUAUAACAUGUACGUUUCUGUGUUUUUUUUUUUAUAUCAAGGUUCAGAAAUAAAAUAGGGAAGAUGAUGAAAAAGUACUCAAAAUUUGAUUUGAAGUGAGUUGAUGCAUGAUUUGUGGAAAA